AUGUCUCGCUCUGAAUCACGCACGAUUUCUCAUCCAAUCCGAGUCUAUUUCACCGGCAAAGCUGGCGCUGAAGUUGCGGCUCUGCUCUCCAAGAACAAGGGCUUUAUAUCUCAUCACGCAUCGAUCUCCACUUCUGGCAUGAACGGUGGUGAAGACUUCGCUAACCCCAUCAAUGUGACUGCGUACGGCUCCACUGCCGAAGCAUUGAUCCCGCAACACAUUUACUCAAUGAGUUGCAAAUUCAUCGGUUCAAACGACAAACGUGAUGAUCAUUUACAUUUUGAAAACGCCCACCGCAUCAACUGGGGCCCUACUGAGAAUUUUCCGGAAAGUUUUCGUGACAGCUUGAUGGACAAGGUCAGCAUAGUCGCAUUGGGUACAGUUGUUGCCCGUGAUAUCAUCAAGGAUCCUGUUUACAAGGGCAAGCCAACGGUAGUGGUGACCAUGAAAUCGACUGACUAUGAUCCCAUCACCAAGGGGCCUGUCAGCUGGUUAAUGAAACACUUCAUUCCGCCGCUCCGAAACUUGGAGAAAGCUCAGAACCUCUGUCAAUUGGGGAGGGAGCUCCAGUUGGUCGGGGUUUUCAAAGAUUACGACACCAACAAUCACAUGUGGGAAAUCGAAGUCAAUGCGAUCAGUGUCACCAGCGGUCACCUUACUGGUGCGGCCGCCAGCCCCACCAAGCCUGGAAUGCCAAACGGUGGCCGAAUCCCGCUGGGAAGGAAACGUGGUUUGGCUUCCAAUGUCGCCAGUACGUCAACUAACGCUGUUGACGACAAUGAAUUCAAGCUCGAUGAUGUUGAAUCCAGCCCGGGCAGACGUGUUGAUGGUGCCAUUGAGAACAGGCUCAAUACCAACGCUGGGAUUGAGAACAACGCUCUUGAGAAGGACAGUGCUGUGUUGGGCAUGAGCAAGAGACUCCGUCGUUGGGAAUAG